UGAAAGGAAGAAGUUUGAAAAAAAAAAAGGAACCAAACGGAAUGAAAAAAAAAAAACCGAUACAAUUUAAUUUAACGACAUUUUAAAGACAAACUGUCGGCUUUAUCUAACGAUAUUUUAAGUUCAAAUGUGAGUUUUUAAAAAGAUGUUGAACAGUAAAAUGGCGCCUGUUACAAAAAAAAAAAUGUUUAGAGGUAAAAUGGCGGCUUUCGUGUUUUUCGCGUUAAUUGUUUUGGUGUAAACAAAAGCGCGCGUGCGUUAGUAAUCAGGAUACAUGUGCGCCUGAAAUAGGCAGUGAUAUAUAUUUUUCCUGAUAUUAAUACUAAUAGUGAGAGGCCAUGUUGGGACUGAUGUGAAGCCGCACAUCCUGAAGCUGAGGAUAUAAACAUGAUGAUGAUGAGUUAGAUGCCUGAGUCAGCUCGCGCAUGGAGGACUCGGAUCAGGACUUCUCCUUCCUCUGCUCGCGGCUCCUGAAGAGAGUCCGGCGGGGGGGAGGAGGAGGAGGAGGCGGCGGGGGGUCUGGGGAUGAGAGGAGACCUGAGGGAGAGCACGAGGACUCGGGAGGAUCUCAGGUACAAAGCAGGAGCAAAGCGGCUUGUAAAAGGAAGAGAGGACUCCAGGGAGAAGGAGGUGGAGAGCAGAAGGAGCAGAAGAUGCGAGCGAAGGACAAGGUGCUGAGCAGGAUGCAGAGGUUCAAGAGGGCGACUCCGCCUCGGCUCAUGCACACGGAGGAAGAGAUGAGCGCGGAACCCACUGUACCGCCGGCUGAGACCGGAUCAGAACCUAGGGAUGCUCCUGAGGAGAAGCAGGAACACGACAAGCUAAUGGCUCAGAGGUUACAGCAGCAGUUAGACCGCGAGUCUGAGAGUCGGGCCGUGGUGGAUGUUGAGGGCGGAGCUCUGUUUUUCUGUCAGCUCUGCUACAAAGACCUGUCGGCGAUGAGCCAUCAGCUCCGCACGCUGCACAUCAACCGGUGUCUUGACGAGCGUGAACCUGAACGUGGUCCUCCUCCUCCACCUCUUCGUCCACGCCUACCCGAGUGCCCUAUCUGUGGGCGGGGCUUCAAGUCUGAAAAGACCCGCGCCACGCACUUAAAGCGCUGCUCUGCGAGCAUGGGCGUGUCCCCGGCGGAGCUGCUGCAGGCUCUACAGAGACAGGCGGCUGAACGGCAAAACGGGCAGCAGGUAGGGGGCAGCAGAGACACUUCAGAGUCCAGCAUGCCAGCGAGGAAGAAAGCCAGAAGGAAAGCACCACGCAUGGACGAGGACACCAUGGUGGCUCUGGCCCUGUCUCGCUCUCUGCUCGAGCAGGAGAAGGCGCGAGAGAGAGACAGGCAGGAGGAGAGACGGAUACAGGAGCAGCUGUCGAGCGGCGCGUCAGUGCCACAGGGACGAGCUGGAGCAGGUAAGACUCGCAUAAGGAAGAGGAAAGGGGCCCCGGACGCCCCCCCUCCACUUCUCCUGGUGCAGGACGCGCAGACCGCUCAGAACCGGAUCCAGGACCGAGUCUCCGCCUUGCUGCUCAUCCCUAGACCUCCGACUCCGCCCACCCCGGGCCUCCUGCCCUCUGAACUGUCCACACACACCCUCCUCUGGGUCAAGAGUGCGCUGAGUGGAGGAACGACACUUUCUGAGUUUUACACUGCAGAGCUCGGGGAAUUCAUCCAGCCCUGGGAGAAUAAAAAAUCCCCAUCGUUACAAGCGACACCAGUGAAACAGCUUCCUGCAGCAGCGUCAGAAUCAACCGCGACCCCAGAACAGCGCCGAGCUGCAGCGCCGCCACGGUGCCCCUCUACCCCAAGUCUGAGCACGCCCGGGACACAGGCCCUCACCGACCUGGUGGAUCUGGCCGAAGAGGGCUUGACGCUCACACAGUACAGGAACAACGAUAACGAUCCUGCUGCAGCGGAACCUCCUCUGAGCGGAUUUGUUCCCGAACCCAAAGAAAAGCCAGGACCUCAUGUAAACCCGAGUGUGUCCAGGCUGUGCUCUGAUCUGGCGAGCAUGCUGAACAACCCUCAGCUCAGUGACGUGCAGCUCCAGGUGGACAGCGGAGACGUCUACUACGCUCACUCCUUCAUGCUCUACACACGCUGCCCCCUGCUGGCUAAUACUGUCCAUGAUGCAGGGUUUGGAGUCCAGGAGGAAGGCUUCCCUCAGGCACAGAGAGUGUUGUUGAAUGACGUGUCCGGUGAGGCGGUGUACGCUCUGCUGCAGUACCUCUACACCGCUGCGUGCGACCUGACACACACCCUGCUGCCUGACGUACUCCAGCUGGCCAGCAGGUUUGGUCUGUCUGAGCUGCAGCAGCGGUGCGAGCAGUACACUGGAAACUCAAGAGAACAGGAAUGGAAUGCUUCCCCUGCUACAGCCGAACCUCACCAAAGCCUGGCUGAUAAUCAGUUCCUGGAGCUCCUACACUCCAUGUGGGAACAAGAAGAUAGUGAUGACGAGAAAGCUAAGAGAAAGACGGAAGGCGAGCACGAAGGCAGCCGAGAUGGAGAGACUAAAGAAGAUCUUGUUGAUGAGGACGAGCUGAAUGAGAUUUAUGAGUUUGCAGCAACACAGAGGAAGAUGGGAGCUGAGGCAGAGAUGAGCACUGAGAGCGAAGAUGAACUGCCGGAGGAAGAAGAGGGAGUCCAAGACCAUCCUGAUGCGGAACAGAGGGAUGAAGGAAAACAAAAUGAGACCAGAGAUGUGCAGCCCAUUGCUGAUGUUGAUCGGAACCUCGGGUUUAAUAAAGACGUGUGCCAAAGCACUGGAACGGAGGUCAGUGUAGACCGGAGCUACAACCGUCUGUUCUCAGAGUCCUGGGGAGAGUACGAGGAGCCUGCUCAGACGCAAACCCGUCUCUUAGACAGGGUGAACACACCCAAAACACGGCGCAUGUCUUCAGUCAGUGAAGUGAUCGAUCUGUCUAUUAGUCCCCCUCCGGAUUCUGGAGAACCAGCCGGGGAGCUGUUUCCUGAGGCUGGCGUGUCUCCUGGAGAGACUCCAGACCAGAGCGAAGCAGUGCAACAGGAUAGAAUUUUGGAAAUCCCGAAUGCUCACGGUGCCUCACAACUCGAAUCAGAACGCUCAAACAACUGGUCUAAACCUCCUUUAACUUCAGCUCUUAGUAAAACCCAGCUCGAUGUUACUCCUUCACUACCCAGUAGUACUAAACCCAAUUUGCCCCCUUCUUCAACCCAGCACAGCCAGCCUGAGCUCAUCGUCCUCUCCGACUCCAGCGAUGAUGACCUUCCUGACAAAGUUGCUUCACGCCGUGCCUCUUGCAGACCACCGGCCUCAUCUCCGUCACGACUUAGUCUGCGCUACACUCAGAUCAAAGCUAAAGAAACCUCACAGGUUGGAAUCUCUCCCAAAAGAUCGAAUGUGACUUCUGAUUCAGAGCGUUCUCAGUCUAAGCAAGUGGGCUGCGAGAGCAUUUUGGACGGCUCUGCUGAGAUUUCGUGGUUAAUCCCCGCAACUCCAGGACCUUCAAUCCGCACCAGCUCUACGCAGACUUCCAGCAACGUUCGCCGCACUCAGCUCUUCCCUAGUUCUCACUCUUCAUCCUCCUCAUACUUUUCCGACAACCCCAAAGUGACCUCUUACUCAAACUCCAUCAAAGAACCGCACAGAGAACAUUCCCGACCAUCUCCAGCUUUACAGAAGCUCUCAUCCCAUUCCAGAUUGUCCAAGACGUCACACAGGGAAUCUAUAACUCAAACUAAUCCUAAUUCUACCGCCGAGCCCUGCAGCAGCACUCCGCUCCACUCAGACCCCCGUUUACAGCAUCUAGACUCUCUCGGAUCUCCUUUACUGAGAGACAGCGAGCUGAGGAACCGAAGAAGACCAGAUCCGGAAGGCGGGAGAGUCGAAUCCCUCCAUCUUACCCCGUCUGACAAGUCGUUGUCCCAACUACAGAGCUCUCAGUCGGAAUCGAGCGGUAGUCUGGCCAAGUCCGGGCACUACGACAACCCUGGCGAGACCGGAGAUCAGGAGACGAGUGCUGAAGGAAAGGAGCAAGAGGACGCAAGGACAAGCAAAACAAGUGAAGGUGAACCGAUGGAAGAAGACUUCUGCUUUGUCUUCGAUGAGCCGCCCAUCGCGUUCGACGACUCGUGGGGUCUGGGGGGAGCGGUCGCUGAGCAGGGGCCAUGCUUCAGUCUGAGGCUGGAGACCAGCGAGGACCAAAAUAGUCCUCCAGAACACGGUGAGACGGCUUCUCUGCACAACUUCUCUCCGCCUGGACGCGAAGCUCAGCGCAACCUGCCAGAUCCUGGAGCUCCACAGGACCAAAGCUUACCCGAUGCAGCGAUGUGGGACAGCUGGAAAGAGGAUGUAGAGGAUGAGGAGGAUGUGGAGGAAGUGGAUACUCUUCCUCUUUCUCAGAGAGUGGGCGGAGUCGCUCUUGCCAAGAGAGUGGCUCAGUUAAGGACGCCAGUGGCUCACAAGAAGAAGAAUCAAGCCCCACUGGUGCCCAUCACGCCUAUGCCAACCUUCUCAGACAUGGACACACCUGAGCUUAAGAACAGAUUGAACAGGUACGGCGUGCGACCUCUUCCUAAAAAGCAGAUGGUCCUGAAGCUGAAGGAGAUCCACCAGUACACCCACCAGCUGAUGAGCUCCAGCUCUGAGGAGGAGACUUCACCCCGAAACCACCCCAGAGCUGCUCCAGCUGGCUUCAAACAACCAACAGCACCCCCUCCUGUCUCACCCAGAAAACUGCAGUUUGGAGACGCCGUUGAGGAGAAGGAUGAGGAGGACGUGUUCCCUGCGUCUCAGGACUCCAACACCUCCUCCACAGCCGAGUCAGAAAGAUCCAACCCGGAGUUGUGCGACUCAGAUGACGACGGCUCAGGCAGCGACGGCAUCACGGCGUCUCAGGCGGCCGUCCGGGAGAAGGACAAGCUCAAGGCCGUGCGCUCCUUCAUCCUGUCGGACCCGGCGCUGUACGGCCGCGUGCUGCAGUACCAGCCGCUGUAUCUGUGCGAGCUAAAGGCGGGGCUCCGGAUGGCGGGUAUCAGGCUGGGCACCGCCAAGCUGCUGGACUUCCUGGACUCCCAGUGCAUCACCUUCACAACAGCGAAGCAGGGCCAUCCCGCGCGCUCACGCAGGAGAGCUAGGGGAGCAGGAAGAGGGAGGAGGAAACUCGCCAUGGCGGUCGAGUGAGAGGGACCACUGGACGAGAUGCAUUAAAAUUCUCUUAGGUUUUUAUUUAAUGUGUAACGUUAAUUUUUUGUGUUUUAUUUAAAAAUAUUUGAUAUAAAAUUAAAAGAAAAUGUGCUUUAAGAUGA